AAACGUGCUGCAUAGCAAUAGCAUACGCCUCUGAGGCGUUCGUCUCUGAAAAUCUAUAAUUGAUCCAGACCACGUCUCAUUUCUCCUCCUGCCGGACCACAAGCACCUGCCGCCCUUCUAUCCCUCGCCAUGGAAAUUAGGGUUUUCGCUUCUAUGAUCUUUGUGUUCCUUGUCAUCGCUUCUCCUUCGGUUAAAGUCGUUAGGUGUCAGGAUGAUUCUGCUGUCGCUGAUGUUGCUGAUGUUGAAGGAGGUGAUCUUGGCAUAGUUGGUGAUGAUUUCCAAGACUUCGGUGAUGGUUCUUUCAGUGCUGCACCUGGAGUGGGCACUAUAUGUGUGUUUCCAAAAAAUACUGCACGAUUGGUUGCUGCAGGAGAAGAAACUGAAUUAUUGGUUGGAAUGCAUAAUGAAGGUGAAGCAAAUAUAAAUAUUAUUGCAAUUAAGGCCAGUGUCCAUUAUCCUUUUGAUCAUCGCAUGCUUGUCCAAAAUCUCACUUCCCAGAGCUUCUACAAUGCUUCAGUUCCAGUUUCAGCUCAAGCUACAUUCCCCUACAUAUUUGCUGUAAGCAAAUACUUGCAGCCUGGAUCAUUUGAUUUGGUUGGUACCAUAUUGUAUGAGAUUGACCAACAGCCAUACCAGAGUACCUUUUACAAUGGUACCAUUGAAGUUGUCGAGUCUGGAAGUUUCCUUAGUGUUGAAUCUGUUUUCCUCGUCACCCUUGGACUUGCCCUGAUAGGUUUAUUCGGAUUUUGGGCAUAUAGUCAGGUUCAACUUUUUUCGAAGAAAACCAAGAAAGCACCAAAGGUGGAAGUCGGGACUGGGAUAACUGAUGCUAACAUGGACGAAUGGCUUCAGGGAACUGCAUAUUCUCAAUCCCUUUCAAGCAAGUCCAAGAAGAAAAAGUAGGUUAGAUCACGACCAUCUACGAUACGGAGGCUUGACAAGGAAACUCUGUUUUGAUCGGUUUGUAACGGCGAGACGAAGGCAAUGCUUGACAAUUUAGUUAUCAAUCUAGAUGUCAUGUGAGAUGUGGGAGAUCUUGAUUUAGCUGUAGUCAUGCAAGUAGCUUUCCUUGUUAUUUAUAAACUCUUGCUAGUUUCAGGACCAUUGCUUUACUAAUGUAUGAUGUGGAGGACUGACUACAUGGAAUAAUUUGUUGCUAUCACUGUUUUGGAAAAUAUUAAACCCUUAGUUGUUCAUGUUCGAUUAAAAAAAGAAUUCAUAAA